AUGUCGAAAGCCGUGCCAAAUGCGCAACAGGCCCGAGUGCAAAAGGUUUGCACCUUAUGGACACAUGAUGACAACUUUUCAAGAGACGAAAUUGUAUUCAACAGCGAUAAAUUUCCUGAGCUUCCCACUGGCCCGGGUUCCCUGCUUCAGAUAUUGGCCAUACAGACAGACAACGCCGUCCGCGAUUUCCAUGCAGGGCCAAAGAGCGCACAGCUUAAUGUGGCCCAGUCGCGACUCAAUGCGGCAUCAGCCGAUGGCUACCUGCAUGGUCAUCCAAAGAGACAUCGUCGGGACUCAAACACGAUAACUAUUGAUGAGAAUGGGUCUACUAUUCUUGGCGGGCGCGACAUUGAUGAGGACAAAGCCUAUGUUUUUGUCCCAAAGACGCUUCCUGCAGACUUGAAGUCCAAAUAUCCCAACCUACAGGUCUCAAUAUCCGAACGCAUCGCCAAGGUAUUCGGGUUCCGCAACAGGAUGCAAGUUGUAGUCACCGAGGCCGACGAAGACCUGCAUGAAGCCCACCAUGUGGAGAUUGUAUUUCGUGAUGAAUACCUUGCGCGCGCAGACAUGUGGCGCAUGGCGAUUUCCGAGCUAAGUAAACGUACCGUCUAUCGCGGCCAGAGGCUGCUCUUUAUGGGAACCAUCAAAGCAACGAUCAAGCAUAUCUACAUCAACGGCCAAUCUGUUCAUUCAGGAUAUUUCUCGCCCAAGUCGAAACCCAUCUUCCGCAGCGAAUCAGCACGGUAUACCCUUUUCAUCCAGAUGUCAAGGGAGAUGUGGGACUUUGAUACAGAAGGUGCCGGCGAAAUCAUGUUUAACAAAGUUGUUAGCGGCUUUCUCCCAGAUCUGUUCAAGAGAUGGUUGAGGAUCAACGCCCGCCACCUCGUUACCAUCAUUCUAUUUACUCGAAUGCAAUACGACGGCGAGCCAGUAGCUGAUCGACCAGAAGGAGCGACAAGCGACACCCACUUUGACACACAUGCAGGCGCUUUCAGAGACUACUAUCGGGUUGUUGUGAGCGACAUGGCCAGCGGUGACUGGAUCAACAUUCUGUAUCAGCUCAAGAAAGAAUUCAGAAUGUUCCUGCGAGAAGUCUCUCUUGUCCACAAGCCUGUAAAGCAAUCUGGCAAAGACGACACUGGAUCGGAUGGUCCGAUGACGGAGGUCGUUGUUGCCGGAAGGCCAUCGUCUGCGAGCCAAGGCAACAUCCUUGAAGCGAUCAACUUGGCCGCAGCCCAGUUCUCCAAAGACUAUAUUGAUCGCGACCUCGUCCGGACUGGCAUCUCCGUCAUAGUUGUCAGCCCUGGAACAGGUGUUUUCGAAGUGGAUUACAACAUGCUCAAAUUGACUACGGAUACCCUUAUCGGAUCGGGCAUCGGCAUUGACCUUGUGUGUCUCUCGCCAAUGCCACUUCACUCUGUCCCUUUGUUCAAAUAUCAAACACCUCGCUCCAUGUCUGACCUGAAAGCUGAGCAUGAGAAACAACAUGAACCCAUACCGAUAUCGCGGAUCGAAGAAGACAAGACACCCCGCCAAAGCCAGCCUAACUUUGGCUCAGUCUCGCAUGCGGCCAUGGCACAGCAUGUGCCGGGUGGCGAUUCUACAGAUGCUUCAGACAACUGGAGAUUUGCCAUGCCUUAUUGGAUCGACAUUUCUUUCUGGUCUGGCACUUCCGAAGAGAUUCUGGAACUUACGAAACCAAGAAAGGCCGAUAAGAUUGUGAAGAAGUCACGCAAAAAAGGCCGCAUUUUCUCCCUGAGAUGCCGUAUUUUCGAACUUCAAAUGAUGGGCGUCAUGGAGAAUGAACUGGGCGACAUUGCUAUUCCAUACCUGGAAGAAGAUCCAAUGUACCCACAUCAUUUGGGCGAAUGGUUUGAUCAGGAUGAAGAGGGCCAGAAAAAGGCUCCUGUGGUAAAGUCCUCUGCAACAGGGGCAGGUUCAUACUCGUCAAGAGGGGACAAAGAGUACACCAACGACCAGCUGGACGAAGGUAGAGCUGCGCACAAAAUAUGGAUGGAGGCAUAUGACAACGGCGUCUUUUCCCCGGUUAUGGAAAGACGCUCCACAUCGGGUACCCAGACUCAUCAGACAAGGCUGAGCGAUCACAUGUCCAGUGGCUCUCCCGAUCUGUCGAGGAGUUCUCAGCUGUCCUCUUCGUUCCGCAGCGUGGCCCCGUCCAUUGCGAAAACUGCCCGUCCAACGCCCGACGCCAACUUCCCGCAGCUUAUGCGAGAGAAGUCAAAGGAUCCAGAGAGUCAGUCUCCACGCGGAACCGCCUACCGUCUCUCUGAUUAUAAAGGGGAAGGCGUUCCGCGUGCUGACGUUCUUCAACGGCAGAAGAACUGGUCAAAAAACAACCCCAGCUCAGGGCGUCCAGCGUCGCAUAAGAGGGAUGACUCUGGAGAUUUCCAACAAAAUCAAGUUUCUACACAAUCCACUCCAAAGCAAUCUCCAGCACCGAGCCGAGGAACGUCUCCAUCUAGGCGAGCCGGUCUCCUACCUCUUACCGGUGCGGCAACAGCUUCGUCCACCAAGCCUGAGAUGAAGAGCAGGCCCUCCAACUGGUUUCUAAGACAGAUGAGCUUUGGUGGAAAAGCAGCGCCAGCCAAGCCCACGCUGGGGGAUGCUACAAUUGAUAUUAGUCAAGGCAGAGUAAAACCUGCCAUGCUGACUGUUGAAAAGAACCAAAAGGGUGCUAUUGCGGAGCGGUUAGCCAGUACUCGCCAUGCUUCGACAGAGAAAGCUUCGCAACCCAUUGCCAUCAAGCCUGCCUCGCGCGCUGGCCCUGCGUCGGCCGAAUCGCUUGCUUCUGACCGCGCCAGCCGUUCGAUCGAUACCGUCAGAGGUAUGCGAUCUGGAAAGCCUUUGACCCCUUCGCAACCUAGCUCAGUCGUUCGAGAUCCCGGAUCAACAUUCCUCCUCGCGGGAGCACGCGGGGCGGGCGAGCACGUCGGACCAAAACCCGACUUAUCUUCUAGUGGAGGUGCCAGAGAUGUCCCUCGAACAUUGUCCCCGACCAGCGCUAUUUCACCCUGGGCAGUUUUGGUCAAUCCAUGCAACCCCAAGAAGAAUAGCAUCAACUCCAAAAACCAAUAUCGGCGCUGGCAUCAUGUCUUUCCCAGGACACUCAGAACCGGUACCGUCAAAUGGAGGUCGUUGUGCUCACCAGCUGCUGUGCCCUUGACUCAUGAAUGGUUUCCGUCAGUUGAGCAAGUCGCCUCGGAAUACAAUGAGAGUCCGUACAAGAUUACACAAAACGAAGACGACGACAUGCUCGAGGCCCCGAAGAGUAGAGAGUCGCUCAUCAAGGAACUGAUUGCUUUCCGUCUUUCUCAUGGAUUCCAGAUCAUUGUGGGUUCUUCCGUUGCGGAGUUUUCGGGGCGACAAGAGAAGACCCUUGCUAGUAUCCUGGCGCCCGAGUACAUGUCGAAUGAUGGCGAUACGGUUUUUAUGAGUGUUGGUAAUAACAUCCAUCAGCUGGUAUGUGUAGCAGGUGGAGAGGUAGAGGUAAGGCGCUAUAACAGAAAGCCUACGACAGCUCUGGAGUCGUCUGCUGGCGUCGACGCACCUUUUCCUUACAGACCCUACAUCCGCACUGCUUUCGAAGACACCUACGAUCCUCGGGAUAUCGUUCUGCGCCCACCGCGGAGGGAAUAUAACUGGAACAUUAUUGACACAUUUCUGGCUGGCUACCAUGAUGAGUUUUCUGAGGUCCUGCGCUUCUGGAGAGCUCGCUUCGUUUUGAUUCCGGUCGAGAUACCGGCAGUGCAUAGGCGACCACUACCGAUGCUCACGGAAGACUCUGAAGAAGAGAUACGACUAGAAGGAAUCCGGAAGCUCACGCAGCUGUGGCAAAAGUUCCGCUUCAUUUUACCAGAGGAGCGCUACUCCCAGCCUGCUUCUGUCUCGAAGCAGAAGGACCCCAAUCCUCUUGCCAUUGAGUAUCAUACCCGCGAUCCCUCGGCCGUGGUUGCAGCAGGCCUAGAUAACUCUUUGCUCAACGACACUGACAGCGAGUUUCACACAUCUGUCUUUCCAGACGCAGAGAAGUACCAUACUUCGAACAUUGAUAUCAAGAAACUAGCAGAAGAUCUCCAAGGCGACAAGGGUAUCCAGAUGCUGGAUCGCCGAUGGCAUCUGAAACUCCACUACAAUUGCUUCCUGGGCUUUGAUCUCACCAAUUGGCUUCUCACAAAUUUCAAAGACAUUGAGACGAGAGACGAAGCUGUUGACUUUGGGAAUGAACUCAUGCACAAGGGUCUAUUCCAGCAUGUACAGCGACGCCAUCCGUUCCGCGAUGGUAACUUCUUCUUCCAGAUUGCAGCCGAAUACAGAGCUCCUCGAAUCGAAUCGCGAACCGGGUGGUUUGGCAUGCGGAAGACGGACAAAUCUGUUCCUUCUACGCCACUCUCAGAAGCGCCACGGACGUCGCCUUUGAUCUCCAAGAGCCACAAGUCACGACCCGGUACGGGCGAUUCUUCGUCUACUAGCUCCAGUUCUCUCAGUGAGGGCGAAAAGACGCCAACCCGCGUUGAGCCUCCAAAGCGAAAAGUCGUCUUGUCGCGUAUCAUGCGUUACGACGUGGAUCCCAGGAAGCGUUCAUAUCGGCCUGAGAUUAUUUCUCUGCAUUACGACCGCCUCCACAAUCCUGACAACUGUUACCACAUCCGUAUCGAUUGGAUGAACGUAACAGCGAAACUGAUCGAAGAUGCCAUCGUCACGUGGGCUACCAGUGUGGAAAAGUACGGCUUGAAGCUGGUCGAGGUGCCCAUUGCCGAAAUAGCAAACAUUAUCGAUCACCACCCCUUCCGAUCGCCCUACUUGAUCAAACUCGCGCUGCAGCCUCCUAAAGCCCAGCCAGAGAACAUGUGGGACUCUGCGAGCUUCUCUCCGCAGUUCUCGAGGACAGACAAAUUUAUAUACCACAAAGCCCUGCUCCGCAGACUAAACUUUGUCCUGGACAUGGAAGCCGCAAGCGCCUUUCCAGCAGACGUCGAAGUCACGUAUUCCUGGGGGAGCCCAGACUACAAAUACACGCAGUUCAUCCAUCGCAGCGGCGGCCUGCUCGCCCAGAUCACCGAGGAGGGAAACUUUCUCUUACUUGCAAACCGCCUUGCUCACACGCGCUCAAAAGACACCAGCCGCAUCCGGCACGUGGAUCCCUACGAGCACAAGAAAGCCACGACCGACGGCAGCCAGAGCAGCCGCAUGCCCUCCACGCCCGCCGUCGAGCGCGGAAAUCCACACCGCAGCCCCUUCUCCAGCCCGCUUGCGCGCCCCGUCCAAGACGCCAGCCUCCUGCACACUGCCUUCUCCAACUACGAAUCCAAAUCCUCUUCCACAGCCAGCGCGACAACAACGUCGCUCUUCGCAGCAGCCAGCGCACAGACGCCCGAGCAAGUCAAAGAGGAAAUGGAGUCUCUGUGCUCCAACCCCGCGCUGCUCUCCGUCUUCUACACCGACGCCCUGCGCCACGCGCCCUCGCCCUCGCCCCGCAUCCUGCCUGUCGGCGAAGACAAGAUACCCAGUUUGGGGCUGCCCCCUGCCAUCAGCAUUCGAGACGCGAGUCCCGCGGCUGCAGGCUGGACUCUGAGUAGCACGUUUGGUGGGCCCAGCGGCAUCGCGGGACGCAGGCAGGGGAGCGAGGGGAGCAUGUUUAAUCUGGGGAGGCGCGGGAGUGCGUUUGAGGGCAUGGAGGGCGCCCCGAGACGCGAGGGGAGUCAGGGGAGUGCCGGUGCUGGCGGGUUGUAG